CUUUUUAGCGUGCAAUUUUUUGUAUCAAGAUAUAAUUAUCUGAUUUAAUAGCUUUUCAACCAACUAUGGAUAUCUCAUUAGUAAUCUACGUUCUUACUGCAAUUUUAAUAAUUUACGCUAUCGACAAGUUUCUGAAAUGGCGCCGUUUUGUCAACACCGUCAAUCGUCUUCCCGGACCAAAAGCUUAUCCCAUUAUCGGGACUUUGUGGGAUACAAUGCGAGCGAAUCGUGAUGAAAUUUUCGACAUCAUGAAAAAGCGAAGUGCAACCUAUGGACCUAUUUAUCGUCUUUGGUUCAUGGGUUUCGCUCAAAUCAACUUGGAACGCCCAGAAUACGUGGAAAAAGUUCUCAAAUCUACUUCGAACAUCAAAAAGGGUCCCUUUUACGAUCUGGAGUUUAGAAAGUGGCUUGGAGAUGGGCUCGUAACAGGAACUGGCGAAAAAUGGCAUACACAUCGUAAAUUUUUGACUCCAACCUUUCAUUUUAGCAUCUUGGAGGGAUUUUGUGAUGUUUUUGCUGAAAAAUGUCAAAUUCUGGUUGAAAAGUUGAGAGAUGUGGCUGAUACGGGAAAACCCGUAGAUAUUUUUGACUAUUUGAAUUUUUGUGCUCUGGAUAUCAUCUGCGAAACGGCAAUGGGCAUACAGAUGAAUACGCAAGAGACCGGCAAAUGUGAUUACACUGAAGCGGUUAAAGAGAUUUGCACUAUUAACACGAAACGAUUGUUGACACCUCUUUUGACCAACGAAUGGAUUUUCUCCUUAACGAAUUUAGGAACCAGAAGUCGAAAAGCAUUAAAAACUCUUCAUGACUUUACCGAUAAAAUUAUUCAGGAGCGCAAGGCACUUCGAAAGCGACUUUCUAUUCCAAAAAUUGACGUCAAUGAUGAUGAUUUUGGAAUGAAACGCAAACGUAAAGCAUUUUUAGAUCUCGUUCUCGAUGAAACGGAUAAGGGACAAUUUUUCACGGACAAAGAUAUCCGGGAAGAAGUUGACACUUUUAUGUUCGGUGGGCAUGACACAACGACAGUUUCUGCUGCUUUCGCGCUCUAUUUGAUCGGAUUACAUCCAGAAGUGCAAGAAAAACUUUACCAAGAACAACUUGAUAUUUUUGGAGACUCCAAAGAGCUUCCGACUUACAAGAAUUUGUCAGAAAUGAAGUACAUGGAUAUGGUUAUGAAGGAAUGUUUGAGAGUUUUACCGACAGUAGCGAAUGUAGGACGUACAGUAACCGAAGAAUUUGAAGUCGCUGGCUAUAAAAUUCCUGUUGGAGCGGGCGUUUCUAUUGGGAUCUAUGGAUGUAGUCGUGAUGAAAGAUAUUUUCCAGAUCCAGAAAAAUUCGAUCCUGAUCGCUUUUUGCCCGAAAACAAGAAAAACUUGCAUCCAUACGCUUUCAUUCCCUUCAGUGCUGGAUUACGAAACUGCAUUGGACAAAAAUUUGCACAACUCGAAGAGAAAGUUAUGCUUUCCACGAUGAUCAGAAAUUAUAAGAUCAAGUCGCCGGUACCUCUUAAGGAUAUGAAAGUCAUUCAGGAGAUCGUGGCGCGUCCCAUUUAUGGAGUUCAAUUGAUUUUAGAGACACGUUGAUUCAUUUUUAGCUAAAAAAAAAGAAAAUUUUGGUAUUUAAAGUUGGUUUAAGGGUCAAAAAAGUAUUUUAGGGACUUACGUGGGUUGAAUU